AUGUCUUCUCCGUAUUAUUCUCCGGCUGGUAUGCAUCAAGAGAUCGGUCAAAAUCCUCCUGGGUUUGAUACCGAACCAGAACCAAUGAGUACAUACCAAGAAACACAACCUGUACCACUCUCAACUUACAGAGAAGAAGAAGAAUCAGACCCACUCCACACCACACAGCAAGAGAAGGACGACUUCUGGGAGAACGGUUUCAACAGAGAAGAAGCCAUUGAUAAAGAAGCUCCAGAACCACCGCCGGCGGCCAAGGAAAACGGAAAGAGAAGCAUAGACAACAACAGCUCCUUCACUCACGGAGAAACCGACCUCAACCAACUUCCCGCAAUCCCUCCCGUCUCAUCCGGCCAAGGUCUCCCCUACGCUCCCGUCGACUGGCCAAGCCCCGGCGAUGUAUGGACAUGGAGAGUCGGUAGAAGAAUAACCGCUACUGGCUUUCAUCAAGACAGGUUUCUCAUUCUCCCUCAGAGACUUCAUCAGAAGAAUGUACCAAAGUCUUUCGCUAGCAAGAACACUCUCGCUCGUUACAUCGAAGCCAACUUCCCCGCCAUGGACCGCGACGCCUUCUUCGCUUCCUUUAGCUGGAAAGUCCCAGCUCUCUUCCAGAAUGCACACAAAGUUGAUGCUGCGUCUCUCUUUGAGGAGACACCGAAAGAAGUGGAGGCGGCGGCGGCAGAAGGGAAUUCCCGGUACAGCCAGCGGAAGAGGAAUCCAAUGCCGACUUAUGAAUCUCUUGUUGAAGAGAAACCUAAAGCCAAAGCAGCAACUCCACGAGGUGGCGGCAAGAAGAAGAAAGGAGCGACUCCUGCAACUGUACCACAGCCGAAAUCAUCUCGGCAGUCCACAAGACGCACCUCCUCGAGAGGAGGAGGAGCUGUGGAUUUGAACUACCAAGAGGAGAAGGAAGGUGAACAACCUCCUGCUGCAACUACUGGACCAGGGAGGAAGAAGAAACGCAGAGUUAACUUUGCGGAGGAAGAGGAUGCUUCGAUUCCUCAUAUCUACGUCUCUCCCAUGAACGGUGUUCUUGCUGUCUCUCACUCGCCUGUGGAUGUUGAUCCUAUAGAGUUUGACACUUACUUGAACUCUCUUGAAGACCUUCUUCACCAAGCUCCGGAAGAUGCUGCACCUGGGAGUGGAGAGUCCUCUGCUGUUGUUAGUCUCAGCUCUCCGAUGAGAGAAUACGAAUGGGCUGAAGCAAGAAUGAAGAUCUCGUCUCUUCUUGAGAUUGAUCUCCCGACUCUGUUCGUCUCCAAGGACGCUGCGGAGAUAGCUGCAUUGGCGACUAAGCUUAGGAAAGAUCCAAACCUCUCCGCUGAGGAGAUUGUGAGGUUGAAGCUGAUAGAAGAGAUUCCGAGUUUCAGCGAAGUGUUCAAGGAGAACAAAGGAGUGAUUGAAGAAGCUGAUAGGUUCUUCUCUGCGUUGGAGCUUAACAAAGCUAAAGUAGCGUCGCUGAAGUAUGAAUACAGUGAUUUGAAGCACAAGCUUGGUGAUAUCCAGAUGGAAGUUGAUGCGAACUCGGAGACUAUUCGUCAGAUCGAUGAGCAGAUCGCUCAGCUUCAAGCGAGGAGAGCUGAGCUGAAGCGGUACAUAGGGAGCAAGGAGAAGGAGAAGGUUGAUCUGAGCUAUGGACAGAAAAUGGUGGCGAAUUCGAUUCCGAAAGUUGUACAGGAAGUUCAGUUAGCUAAUUCGAAGAAGCCGGAUUGGGAAUGUAAGAAGGAUAAUGCUCUUAAGCGUGAAGCUGAGAUCCUCUCUAAAUUCAGUGCUCUCCAAGGCUUCUUCCUCUAA